UCCUCACCUGAGAACAGAUGACAAAUACCGAAGUGAAGGCCGUGAUUGGUGGAAAGAUCUGCGGGAGAACCUGAGAAGAGUGGUUACCAUGAUGAGGAAGGAGGAUGGGAAGCCCUUGGUGCUCACACACGGCCUUCACCCCUCACGUCACCUCACCUUCCCUACCAGACUGAAAUGUGUGAAAUACGUGGGGGGGCAGCAUUGUCUGGUGUCCCUGGACUGUGAUGGAAAUAUCUGUGUGCACCAUGAAGAUGGCCGACUCCUGAGCCAGAGACAGAUGUCAUUGCCAAUUUCUGGUCUGCUCUAUGCAGAUGGUGUCCAACUCUACGUGGCCUGGAACCGGCGGGGACUUUUAUUACUAGACAAGACUUUCACCCCAGUGUCAGAGAUCCCUGUGAAGGACGAGGUCCUCUGCUGUGUUUAUGAUCCGGGGAAGAACCUCUUGCUGAGUGGAGGUGCCGGUGGGGUCUCUAUCUGGAGGUUUAGUCACGGUGGACACAAAUUGGUUCGGGAACAGUCGCCGAGUCUCCGGGAACAGUCGCCGAGUCUCCGGGAACAGUCGCCGAGUCUCCGGGAACAGUCGCAGAGUCUCCGGGAACAGUCGAUGAGUGAGUCCAUAAAGAAUCAGGACAAGGUGGAAGUUCUUGCUCUAGAUACAGAAUCACGGAAUCCACAUACGUGUUUCGCUGCAUGUGGGACCAGCGUGUGGGAAUUCCGUCUGAUGGACGGAACUCUGGUGAGACGGAGGAAGAAUCUACAUUUCAGGAUAAUUACCAGCCUGGUAUACUCGGAGAAUCUCCAUCUGCUGAUUUCAGGAUCCAGAGACGGCUCGGUCAAGGUGUGGGGUGGAGAAGGGCAGCUCCUGGCUGUAUUUGUUGGACAUUCAGGUCCCAUCACGGCUCUGUCCCUGAGCUCCUCUACAAGGACCCUCAUCUCGGGCUCUGAAGAUAAAACGAUUCGGAUGUGGGACCUGAACACUCAGGAACAAUCUGAAGAAGUGGAGAUAUCGGGGUCUCCGAUCGGAAUAGAAACGUUCGGUGAUAACGCAGAACAUCUCCUCUGUUACAGCGGCUCUGACAUCCACAUCUGGCGGAUACAACGAUUGUAUGAAGCUCACUGCCUUCUGGGGACGAAUGUGAGGGACAUGAAGGUGGUCGGGGGGCCCUUUCCGGCCAGAGCUCUGUGUGUGGGCUCAGACGGCACGGUGACGGUCAUAUCGGCGAUUACCGGAGAUCUUCUAUCUACACUCUCACUACAGAGAGAUGAGGGAUUGCUGGGGGCAGAUUACUCCAUACACAAAGAGACGGUGUGUGUUCUCAUGAAGGAUGGACACCUCCUUAAAGCCAACGCCUUGGCCAAUCCUAUGAGAGUCCUGAGUAAGGUGAACGUUGGUGGUGACCAAUCCCGUCCUCUGUGCUUCGCCCUCUACCCAAACAUCAUGGAUGAGGAGGCGGCGGAUGCAGAGUGGAGGGGAGUGGUGAUUCGGGGGGAAGACAAAGGACCCUCCGGUCCAGACCGAGAAACGACCAACCGGAUUUUCCUGAUAAUUGGAAGUGAUGAUGGAAGUCUGAGGGUCUCUGAUUGGUAUUCCUGCAAACUCCUCUACCAGACUACAGAACACCGCCCCGGCCAGGUGACCUCCCUGACAUGUGACCCAAAGAACAACUACAUCAUAUCUGCAGGAUCGGAUCUGACAGUGAAGGUCUGGAGGUUUUUUGCGCAUGCGGAGGAAAGUCUGAGUCUUUAUAUGAGCUUCUUCUGCGCCCAACCAGUGGGGCGGAUGUGCAGCUUCAAGUCCCAACUCUUCGUGGCCUUCCAUGGAACCUCCAAUGCCUCGUACAGCCUGGUUCAGUAUUGUCUGAGGACCGAGUCUAGAAAGGACCACCCACCAAGUGAUGACCAUCAGGACCAAAUAACGGGUCUGUGCUCCUCUCCUGCACUGAAUCUGGUGGCCACGUGUGGAAGAGAUGGACGGAUCCGGGUGUGGAAUCAUCAGAACCAACUCAUCAGGACCUUGUGUCUGAACUCUACACCUGGAAGUCUGGCCUUCAUUGGAGACUCUGGAGAUCUGCUAGUGGGAAUGCGGAGCCACCUGUAUCGGAUCCGCCUCGCCAAGCUUCUGCCCAAGUCCUAUCAAGUGAAGCUAUUGUGUAUGGCGGCGUCCUCCACAGUCCCUGAUCCUUCUGUCCCUAUGAAUGACGGUCACCUGAAGUCCCAUCCUAUGAAUGACGAGAAGAGAGGUCUUCACAUAGACAGAGGUGGGACAUGGAAGAACGGGCAGCAGGAACAGGAAUACAUUGAGUUGAUCUCUAGAGACCGGGAGCUUCUCCUCAUCCGCGAAGGAAAACUAAGGCCUCACAAGAAGCUGAAGAGCAACACAAGAACCAGAAGAGAAGCCAUGGAGCAAUACCUGCAGCUUGUCUACAAGCAGAGGCCGCAGAUUAUGAUCCCUGAAGAUGAUUAUAUAGCUCUGAAUGAGUCGCCCCCAUCCAGGACAGCCGAGGAUGUGCCGGAGAGUCCUGGGGAAAGCAGUAGAGGAUUCUUUGACUCGGCCUUGGGAUUCCCUUUUCAUUCUUUGCCUAGACACCUCCAGGCUUCAUUUUUAUCCAUUGGAACCAUUCCAAAUUCUGCCCUCCUUCAGCUCUUGUGGCCGAUGGAAUAUGCGGAGCGUAGGAGUCCUCGGGAAAUCCGUCCAGAGAAAACGGCAGAAAAGCCAAUCUUUAGAAGUAUUCCAAAGGUAGAGGAAGAAAAGGAAGUGAUUGAAAAGAAGGUUGAAGAAGUGAUUGAGGAGCCCGAGGAGUCCAGUGACAUUCCAGCCAUCCUUCAGAAAAUCACAGCCAGUAUGGAAGAACAGACUGCUCCAGUAUCCCAUCUGCUUACUCCCCCAUCGACUCCAUCACCCCCAUCACUCCCGACCGAAGAGAAGAGAACCUCACUUCCUCAGAGGCCCCUGAUCUCUCGGUUGCCAAGGCCCAGACCACAGGCAACAAAGCCCUUCAGACAGACCCCUGUCCAGCUGAUUCCUCAAGAUCCUCCAAACAUGACACCGAAGGCAGCUCCACCUUCCCUAGAUCCGGAUGAAGAGGAGGAAGAACGGCCCUUGGAGACCCCAACUGUUGUCCCGGAGAUCCCCCCAUUCAUCCUCCAGUUCCAAGACACAAGCUGGUUCUCCAGGAUCUUCUCUGACAUACAGGGAGAACAUUCAGAAUUUGAGGCCCGGCUCCUGCAUGGGGCUGUUCAUAUGGAGCUCCCGAUACGGACUGAGUUGCUCCGUUCUCUGAUGAUAUUGUAUGAGCAGGGGAACCUGAGAGACCUGAAAGGCAUUUAUCAGACCCUGAUGGAGGCGGUGACCUCGAGGAGCGGCAUCAACAUGAAGGAGGUGGAAGAUUUGGACUUUGUCUGGUUCUGUCUGCAUUUCCUCAUCCAACUGUCUGGAGGUAGAAGAGAACCAAUACUGGAACUCCUAGUGACCUGUGUGCAGACACACCCAUCACACAGAGGAAGAUUUCUCAGCCUCUUCAGGGAUAUUGGUGUGGAAGACCCACAUGGCUUUAUUGGGAGGCAGGUGACGAGCUGGGACAGCUGGGAAGGGGGGGACAGAGAGACCCUGAAGAGGACAUGUGAAGACUGGCUGGACAGCUGGACCCGACGUCUCAUGGUGAGUCCGGAGAGUGAUGAGUCUGGGUCUGGGUUGUGGGACGGGGGAUGGUAA